AGUGGUCCCGCCGAGAAACAAAGAAACCGACAGAAAGACGCGGGUGAAAACAGAACCUCCUCGGCCCAGGAAAUGAGUGGCAUUAAUAACGACCAGUAGAGGGCAGCAACACGCCAGUGCGGCGUCUAGUCUGCCGAACCCAAGGAAGAAGAAGAAGAAGACGGAGACGAAGAAGAAGAAGAAGAAGAAGAAAGGAAGCGGAGGAGGAGGAGUCCUAACCGUUGAGGCUGGACCCGGACCCCUAUGCGGAGCUGCCAGCUGGUCCGUAUACUGACUCAGCCCUGAGGGAGAGCAGCGUGUUUUCGGUCCUGCAGCUGCAGAGGAGCCGCUCCGUGAUGGAGAACCGGAGGCUCUGAACCGGGACAACCUGCCUUCUCACACGGUGAUGGAUGCAGAAAGCGGGGAACUGUUUCUCGGUGGCGGCGGCGGUGGGGGCGGCGACGGUGUGGCGGCAGACAGCUGGCAGCUCAACGCGCCGUUCUCCUGCUCCGAGCUGGUCUUCAGCAGCUCAGAGAAACCCCUGCAGGACUGGGAGUUGGACCCCAGCUGUACGACGGCGAGUCACGACAGCGAAUCAGAGGAUCUCCUCCAUGGCGUCGACCCAAACGAGGUGUUUCCCAGCGGGCUUCCCGGAGACCCCUCAUCUGAGAGCGACAGCGGCAUCUCUGAGGAUCCUGUUGUCGAGAGUCCCGUCACCACAGCGAAAGCGGCGACCGCCCAGCCGACCCCGGCGACCGUCUACCAGGUGGUUUACGACAUCAGCGGGCUGGGAGGUGUGAAGGCUGAACCUGGACAAGAGAACGUCAUCUCCAUAGAGCUUGACGAGUGGAGCUCCCAGGUGUUGUUUUCCGACUCGUGCAUCGUUAACGAGCUGCCGAUGGUCUCUGCAGCUCGCCUCGACGGCAGCCUGGCCGUCGUCGAUCCUCCCAGCCCUGACGGUGGUCUGCUGCACCCAGACCUUCAGCUGACUGAGGAGGAACAGAAGCUGCUGACCCAAGAAGGAAUUUCUCUGCCUAACAACCUUCCUCUCACCAAGGCCGAGGAGCGAAUCCUGAAGAAAGUUCGGAGGAAAAUCCGCAACAAGCAGUCCGCUCAGGACAGCCGCCGGAGGAGGAAGGAGUACAUCGACGGACUGGAGAACAGGGCAGCAGCUUGCUCAGCACAGAACAAGGAGCUGCAGCGGACAGUGGAGCAGCUGGAGAAACAUAACAUGUCUCUGCUGGCUCAGCUGCGGCAGCUUCAGUCUCUGAUCAAACAGACGGUCAGUAAAGGAGCCCAGACCAGCACCUGCUUACUGAUCAUCCUGGUCUCUCUGGGUCUGAUCAUCAUGCCGAGUUUCAGUCCGUUCAGCCGCGACUCGUCCGCAGACGACGACUACAGACCCACAGGAGUUAUUUCCCGAAACAUCCUGACGGACCCCUCCUCCUCCCAGCCGGCUGCAGAUGAGGUCAACGGUCCGGUUGCUCAGUCCGACUCCUCGCCGCUGCCCUCUGAUCUCAGACCAUCGGGAGCUGCAGAGGGUGCCGCCGUCCCCCAAGAACCAACAGAAAACGCCGACAAUACAGGCGCUGAUGACAGGGCCCGGGACGGGAGCCAGACGGGGAACAGCUCAGCUCUUGUUCCCGAUCCGACCGGACCACUGGCCCUCGGCCUGAGUUCAACGGCCGGGAAAAGAAGCCACGAUCUGUCCAAAUCUGCGCACGCUGACGAGAUGUAGACGGACUGCUUCGCUGACGCUUUCGAACACGACAACUGGGCGUCGGGUUUGGUGUCACGCUCGUAGAAACGGUGUCAGGACACAUCAGCGGUUGCCGAAGGAGACCCUGUUAUGUUUCGGAUGAGCUGAAAACACAGGACCAGCAAGGGAGACUCUGAUUGGUCGGUGCUGAACAGCAUCGGAUGAUAUCUGUUGGUAAAAGGUCAAUGGUGGCGGUCUACACAUUUUCUGAUCGGAACACGGAUGGUUAAGCGUGAGCCAAACAUGGCUGCCUGUGCUCUUAUGGAUCUUAGAGACAAGUGUUGUCACAUUCUUAUUCAGACCUUAACCACAAUAAAACCUUUACUUAUCCAUUUCUAAUCUUUGCUGACAAUCCACUCUCUUGCUGAGAGUUAGAUGAGAAGAUUGAUACACUCUCAUUCCAGUAAGCUCAUGUCUUAGCUUAGCAUAAAGACUGGAAACGGGGGGAAACUGCCUGUCAACACGUUAUAUCUCAGUUGUUCAAUCUGUAGAAAACCAAAGUGUGAAAACGGCAAGUCGUGGUUUUCUGGGGGGCUGUGUGCUGAACCAUUUCUUAGCUAGGCUAACGGUUUUCCCCUGUUUGCAGUCUUUGUGCUAAGCUAUGCUAACUCUCUCCUGGCUGUAGAUUCAUAUUUGGUUGACAGACACGAGACUAGCAAUGAUCUUCUCAUCUAGCUCUGGGCAAGAAAGCAAAGACGUUGCCAGUUUUGCCAACGUGCUCUCUUCCUUUAAACAGUUCAUUUUCAUCUUUUUACUUCAACUCUGACAGAAGGUUGCUGUAUUUUUCAACCCGUGUCUGAUUCUCGUACUUGUGGCCGCUCUGACUUUGGAUGGUGUUGACUUUGCGCUCACCACACGCAUCGGGUCAAGCAGCUGGAUCCUCCUAAAGCCUUGCAAAUAAACUUCAGCCUUUACGUAAGUCAUGUCUACGUCUGCGGCAACUGGUCGGCUAACCGUAGCGUCUUAUCUGAGAUUGUUUGGUCUACUACCGACCAGCAGUUACAGAGCUUCUGCCCUUAACCUUUGUUGGAUCCAGAAUGAGGCUGAGUCUUCCUCCACGUGGACUCCAGACGGAGCUGUGGAGAGUGGCGGGACCUGGGAGGGAUCUGUCGGUCAGCAGGGGCCUGUGUUAGCUUUCUUUAUGGGUUAUUUGGAGUUUUUCAGAUCCGCUUUCCUAAGGCCAGUAGUUCCUAAACAUUUCUAUGUCCAGUAACUAACCCUUGAGAACUUUGAUCCUUCACAACAGAGAACGUGAGCCGAGUUAGACCCCCAGUCUUCUGCGAGUACAGGCCUCUUUUAAAUAAAAUGACAGCAUAGUUAAACUGCUGAUUUGUUCUCCUCUGGAAGCUUUUCAAGGUUCCCUGGAGCCACAUUUCAGGCGCAUUUUGUUUGGAUGAGUCUCCGGUUCAGUCUCGUCGAACUACGGUGAUCCUCAGCUCACAGCUCACUUGAGAUGGAUCCACUGUCUGGUUCUAUUGUAGACUUUGUUUGUUUUGUUUUUUUACACUCACUUCACAACGACCAGGUCUGUACUGACUCCAGUUAACAAAACUAAUGAGUUCCCCACUUCAUUCUGGCUCUUAGUCAGUUAAGUGAACAACAACUGAAAUAAGCAGUGAUGAAAAUAAUCCUUAGUUGCGUAGAUUUUUCAAGAAAUUUAAAAUACAGUUUAUGUUUGAUUUUAGGUGACUGUGCCAGUUGGUUGCUAAAGCGACAGAAUUCUUAUUUUUUUAACAGGCUCAUGUUUAUUAAUGGAAAUUUGGUUUUGUUGGAUUUAAGUGGUGGCAGGUGUUUUUUCUUUGGCAAUCACUUCAUUUUAACAGAUUUAAAUUGAAUUUUUUUUUUUUUUCCAGAUACAUUCUUGCUGUUUUUAAAGGGUCAUUUCACCUCUGGUGUAACAUUUGAUUUUUUCAGUGCCAUAACCAAAACAUGUCUCGAUUACCUGCUGACCUCUGACCUCUGUUCUGGUUCUCAGCCUCGGCUGAGGUUGCUUUCCUAUGUUACGUUCAUGUACAGCAGCUGAACACGACCGCUUCGGGGCCUUCCACCAGUUCGGUAUUUGGUGCCUUGCUCGAGGGCCUGUGUAUUUCUUCCAUGUGUAUCAUGGAAGAAAACGCCAAGUGAUCUACUAGAGUGAAACUCUGCUUUUGCUCUUUGGAAAUAAUGUUGAAUAUUUCAAACGAGAAUAUCUGUUGGGAGGAAUUUGUUGUUAUACGCUGAAUGAUUGUUUGUUUUGUUUUUUCCCUUGGAUGAAUUAUUGAUUAUUCUCUGCUUCACUAAGUGGAUUGGAUUUAUUUAUUUUGUAGCAUUAACAGAGUUUUCAUUUUAAACUUUAACCCUGGGUUCAGCUGUUUUGAACCUUGUUUUAUUAUCAAGUUCUCCUGCGCUUCAGAACCAGCCUUUGGCCUUCACUGGAUCCAGGUUGGACAGUUUAGCGUGAGGAUCAGAUACACCUGGUUUAAUCUGCAGUAAAACACCACAGGGGUUAACACUUCUGUAUCUAACAGCUUUUGUCAUUCAUCUGCCGCACGCUCUAUUUCUCAUGUUUACUUCAAUAAAAGGGAACAAUAAAUGGA